ACUUGAAUUUCGAACUUUUCCGUUCCGAGGCACUGCCAUUGUUUCAAGUUUCAGCCUGGAACAGGGGGGAUUCAAGCUGCUGACCGCUUCGCCGGAUACGGCUAAUGGGGAGAUAAGGCUUAUCUGAGGGUGGGUCUCGCCAGCGCUGAUUGAACUUUUUUUCGGUCAAUCAGUGCAUCGCGAUGGGCCGUCUAUCACAGGCCCCGCUAAGAAAGAACACCGCGCUUCAGCAUAUCUGACACCGAAGCAAGAUGGCCGCAGUUUACAAAGCCCUGUCGAAAUCAAGCGGCGCAAAAGCCGACAAGGACACAGAUAGCAGCAAUGGAGCCGUGGAGAGGAAAAACAAGCAGAGGGUGCUCAUCCUCUCAUCACGAGGCGUCACCUACAGACAUCGCCAUCUUCUCAACGACCUAGCAGCGAUGCUCCCACAUGGGCGGAAAGACGCCAAGUUUGACUCCAAGUCCAAGCUUUACCAGCUCAACGAGCUCGCGGAACUAUACAACUGCAACAACGUGCUGUUCUUCGAAGCGAGGAAAGGCAAGGACCUGUACAUGUGGUUCAGCAAGGUGCCCAAUGGCCCAACAGUCAAGUUCUACGCGCAGAACCUGCAUACGAUGGAAGAACUCCACUUCACAGGAAACUGCCUGAAGGGCUCGCGACCGAUCCUCUCGUUUGACGGCGCCUUCGAGACGGAACCGUACCUGCGCGUCAUCAAGGAGAUCUUCCUGCAAAUCUUCGGCGUGCCGCAAGGCGCGCGGAAAUCCAAGCCCUUUAUCGACCACGUCAUGGGCUUCAGCGUGGCGGACGGCAAGAUCUGGGUGCGCAACUACGAAAUCCGGGAAGUCGAGAAGGUCAAGGGCGAGGGCGAGGACGAAAACAAGGAGGACGGCGGCGACAAGAACAAGGGGCGCAAGGGCAAGGGCGGCGGCGGCGGCGGCGGCGGAGACAAGGACACCGACAUCAGCCUGGUCGAGAUCGGGCCGCGGUUUGUCCUCACGCCGAUCGUGAUCCAGGAGGGCUCGUUCGGCGGCCCGAUUAUCUACGAGAACAAGCGGUUCAUCUCGCCGAACAAGGUCCGGGCCGAGCUGCGGAGGGCGAAGGCGGGCCGCCAUGUUGCGCGCAUGGAGCAGCAGCGGGACAAGCUGGCCCGGAGGAGAAACCUUGGGCUGGAGGGCGGCGCGAAGAAGGACAGCAGUGGAUUAGAUACCCGAGAGCUGUUUGCUUAGGUUAUGGGAAUGUGCGAAUACAGAUUGCGACGGGCGUUUCUGGGUCAACUUUGCCAGUUACACAGUGUCGGCUUUGGCUUGGCAUGCUUGUAGUGUGCGGAGUACGGGGCACUGAAUGCACGUUGCUCCACGCUCUCGAAUUUCAUUGCUGACGCUCUCAGAACAAAGAGGACACACUCCUGUACGGAAGUACUAUUCAGUAAACUGUCAAGUUCCAUGCACAGCAGACAGAGGCUGCAGAAUUUACCCCGAGUCAGGCUGAACUUCCCUCCGCCAGACCCCUGUCGACCUGCACGGACCCGGCGUCACCGGGAUACCGGCUGG